AUGGUAGAUGAGGAUGGGGGCCAUCGGAGCCCAUACACAGCACAAGGCUAUGUAGAGCACCAUGAAAUUUGGGGCAAUUUGGCUUUAACUCCAACGCCAUGCCUUUGCUGGGGGAAACCAGAGGUUCUGGCUCUGCAGGACAAAGUGGUGGGGUACCCCAAAAAGCAGAAUGAACACGCGCUCCGCAGCCCCGGUGCUUUCUGGAGCUUGAACCAGGUUCUGGAUGAAAAGAAACUCCAGGAAGUUGAUACUUUGUGGAGAGAAUUUGAAACUCCUGAAAAAGCAAAUAAAAUAGUGAAGUUGAAACACUUUGAAAAGUUUCAGGAUACAACAGAAGCCCUUGCUGCAUCCACAGCCCUGGUAGAGGGCAAGCUCAGCAAGAGCUUGAAGAAAAUUCUAAAGAAGUUAGUGGCAAAAGAUGCCCAUGAACAGCUGGCAAUAGCAGAUGCCAAACUUGGAGGUGUCAUAAAGGAUAAGCUGAACUUAAGUUGUAUUCAUAGCCCAAUGGUUACUGAACUGAUGAGAGGAAUUCGUUCUCAGAUCGAGGGGCUUAUUACUGGCCUUCCAUCACGGGAAAUGGCUGCUAUGUGUUUAGGAUUGGCGCAUAGCCUCUCCCGAUACAAGCUGAAAUUCAGCCCAGACAAAGUGGAUACAAUGAUUGUUCAAGCAAUCUCCCUUCUUGAUGAUCUAGAUAAGGAGCUGAAUAACUAUAUCAUGCGCUGUAGGGAGUGGUAUGGCUGGCACUUCCCUGAACUAGGCAAAAUCAUCACAGAUAACCUAAUGUACUGUAAAUGUGUGUGGAAAGUUGGAGACAGAAAAAACGUUUCUACCGCUGACCUCUCAGACAUCCUGCCAGAAGAGAUUGAGGAGGAUGUCAAGACUGCUGCAGAGAUCUCCAUGGGGACAGAAGUAUCAGAAGAAGAUAUAAACAAUAUACUGCACCUUUGUAACCAGGUGAUAGACAUCUCAGAGUACCGAACGCAGCUGUAUGAUUAUCUCAAGAACAGAAUGAUGGCCAUUGCACCUAAUCUCACUGUUAUGGUGGGUGAAUUGGUUGGAGCAAGGCUCAUUGCUCAUGCAGGUUCCCUUUUGAAUCUGGCUAAACAUCCAGCUUCCACUGUUCAGAUUUUGGGUGCUGAGAAAGCUCUUUUUAGAGCCCUGAAGACUAAACGGGACACUCCCAAGUUUGGCCUAAUUUAUCAUGCUUCCCUCGUGGGACAAAGUGCUGCAAAAAACAAAGGAAAGAUCUCUCGAAUGCUAGCAGCCAAAACUGCAUUGACUAUUCGUUAUGAUGCUCUUGGAGAGGACUCCAGUGCUGAAAUGGGAGCUGAGAACAGAUUAAAAGUAGAAACUAGACUGAGACAUUUAGAAGAGAGAGGGAUAAGAAGAAUAAGUGGCACAGGAAAGGCCUUGGCCAGGGCAGACAAAUAUCAGCACAGAAGUGAAGUGAAAACAUAUGACCCCUCUGGUGACUCUACACUCCCUGCUGUUCCAAAAAAGCGUAAAAUUGAAGAGAUGGAAGAAGGGCAGACGGAGGUUACAGUGAAAGCAAAGAAGAUCAAAGUAGAAAUUAUAGAAGAGGAAGAUGUAGAGGAAAGUGAACCAGUCAAAAAGAAGAAAAAGAAAAAGGAAAAAAAACAAAGAAUCGAGGAAGAGGCAGCUUCCACUGAAGAGCCAUCCACUAGCACAGCAAUGGAGAGUACAGAGAAAAAGAAGAAAAAGAAGAAAAUCAAAAUAGAACAAGAGGACUAAUGGGGAAGAAAUAAUUCCUUUGGACACUUUACUUCAGAAUAUAUUCACUAAAACACUUUCUCUUUAAAUACUUACUCAAAACCCAAUAAUAGGAGAGGGCAGGUGAGCUUGAUAAGUAUAUGCCUGCUCUUCUUCAGAACAAAAUAUGUUUUUGGGUGGGCCACUGCCUUAUUGCAAUUUAUUUGAGAAGCUCACAAUAGGUCUUUGUUCUAUUGUGGUCUUUUGUGAUACCGAAUAAAACUGCUUUUUGUAUACAUCUUGA